CAGAAAAUGAUAAGAACUAACCGUAAAGUUAGUCUGAAUAGAAUUGCUGCUGAUAGACGGAGAACAAAUUAUCAUGCUCUCAAUAGCUCUUCACAAGUCCUUUUGAAUGAGAAUUCAAACAGGCUUAACCGACCAGCUUUGGCUAUUCCAGAAGAAAAAUACGGCCAGUCACAGUCAAAUAGUCUAUAUGGGUUUAAACAAAUCAGAAGUAACAACCUGGGUGGCAUCAAAUCAUUUAACCUCACACCUAAUGAGAAAUAAUAGGCAAGAAAAUGAAGAUGAUAGGAUGUUGACGAACAAUUUAUUAGACAUUCAGAUGAGAAAUAAGAAAAGGAGGACAAGCUUCAUGGCUAAAGGCAGGUCAGGCCAAGUUUUAGGUACACGAAGGAGCCUCCAUGGAGUCCAAGCAGCAGGGGUUAGGAGGUCGUUCUAUGGAGGCAAUUUUAUGGGCAAGAGAAAGUCUAUUGUUGACCAGAAGUCACAGAUUGAUGAAGAUGAAGAUAACUCCAUUGGGACAGAUUAUUCAGAUGAUGAUAACAAAGACCUCGAAUACCGUCAACGUAAUAAAAACCUAUACAAGACUUUGAAAUAAAAUUGGUGUUUGAGUAAUUCCAGAUCCUCGGAUUAAAACCUCUGAUAAUCUUCCGUAUUUCUCAAUAUAAUUCAAGAAGACAUUCGUGAAAAAGAGUCAGGAAAGUACGGUCCAAGCAUCACUAGAGGUAGGCGAAGGAAGAAGACCGAAAGUAGAGAUUUUGAUAUUACUUAUUUCAAAUCAAUGGAUUUCUUCUCAUUUCUAAACUCUCAGGCUAUGAUGAAGAAGACUCGGGUUAAGAAGUCACCCUCACUUCAGAGGCAUCAUAAGAAUAGUCGUUACGCUGGCUUAUAUCUUGGCCCUAAUGAAGAGAAGAAUAUUGAAGAGAAAAUAAGCAUCAUUUAUCAAGAAGGAAACGAACAACUGAAAAAUAGCCAACAUGAGAAACAACUCAUGAGACUUCUGGAAUCUAGUGGGACUGGAAUUAGAGGCAUGGAAAAGAUUCCAGAAUCUCAGGACUCGAUGAAACUGGCAAUCCGUGGAGGUGGCAGCACGGAUCUAAGGAAAAAUGUGCUGAAAUAAUCAAUUAGGAGAUAAUAAAAUCCUCAACCAAAACUUUAUUGGGAGUAAUAUCAGCUUAGACCGAGGAGUCACUGGAGUACAACAUCUCUCUUUCGCUAGACCUGAGAGAUCAGCCAUGAGGGGUGUUGUAAUAGAGCAAUUACAGCUUAAUCAACUAGAAAAGAAAAAUAAGAAAACUAUGUCUAAAAAGGAAAGUCUAUCUAAAAGUAGAAGCACAAAACUAAAUGCUGCUUAUACAAGGGAAAAGAGAAAAUUGGAGAUGGAAAUGAUAAAACUCAACGAAAAGCUUGGAACUACCGCUAAAAUCCUUAAUCUCAUCAGGUACGAUAAGACCCCUACUCCGAUAUACAAAUUUGAACACUUUAAUCAGAAAAUUGAUAAACUCAGGAGAUUUUCUGAUUCUAAACGGAAAAGGAGUAAUAAGAAGUUAAAAACAGCGCGUGUGAUUAUUAACACAAAAUAUAACUAUGAUUCUGCUACGAAUAGUUCUAUCAUCACUGAGGAUCUUGACAAGACCAGUUUGGAUGAUGCUCUCUAA